CUGUUCAGAACAUAAGACUCUCCCUGAUCCUCUCUCUCUCUCUCUCUCUCUGUUUAGGAUCAACAAUGGCGGAAAUGAAACAAAGCAUAGUGUUAUACCCAGCAUCACCUGGAUCGCACCACAUGGUUUCCAUAGUCGAACUAGGAAAACUCAUCUCCCAACGCCACCCCAACUUGUCCAUAACAGUCUUGCUCGACACAUCUUCCCCUCUCGCCAAAUCCUCAUACAUCAACCAUCUUCUCUCUUCUAACUCUGCUCCCGAUCAAGCCCGCAUCUCCUUCUUCACUCUCCCCGCACUCAGCCUCCCCCAACCCGACGCCCAAACCAGACCCGAACGCGUACACCAACUCAGGCUUCAAACUGUCCCCAAUGUCCUCCAAGCCCUCAAGACCAUCUCUCUCACUUCCAAAGUCCUCGCCUUUAUCACGUCACUAUGGCAUCACCCUUACGACCCUGAAAUCCCAACUUACUAUUACUUCACCUCCUGCGCCUCUGCUCUUGCUCUGUUUCUGUACUUCCCCACUGUCCAUGAUCAAACGCCGGAGAGCUUCAAGGACCGAAACGACGACGUUGUUGAGUAUCCGGGAUUGCCAGCGCUCCGAGGCUCCCAAAUGCCGGGUCCUAUUCUCGACCGCAACGAGGCUGAAUAUGAUUUCUUUCUCUAUUUUGCUUCCUGUCUUCCAAAAGCGAAGGGAAUUAUAACAAACACCUUCCAAGAACUUGAGCCUCGAGCAAUCAAGGCCAUAAAGGAAGGUGUUUGUGUUCCUAAUCAUCAAACCCCGCCGUUAUAUCACAUCGGGCCGUUGAUUUCCGACUCUGAAAAUAGGUCGAUCCAAGGCGGUUCGCCUAUGCCAACUAACUGUUCCACGUUAUGGCUGGAUAAGCAGCCGAGUCGGAGUGUGGUGUACUUGUGCUUUGGAAGCAGAGGUACGUUUUCUGAAGAGCAGUUUAAGGAAUUGGCUAUAGGCUUGGAGAGAAGCAAGUUGAGAUUUUUGUGGGUUGUGAAGAGUCAACUGGAUUUGGAGGUACUAAUGCCACAAGGGUUCUUGGAGAGGACCAAAGAUAGAGGUCUUGUAGUCACGUCUUGGGCGCCACAGGUUGCUAUUCUAAGCCAUGAAUCUGUGGGUGGGUUUGUCACUCACUGUGGGUGGAACUCGAUCACUGAAGCAGUGACUUAUGGAGUGCCAAUGGUGGCUUGGCCUUUGUAUGCUGAGCAGGAAGUGAACAGUGUGGUGUUGGUGGAGGAAAUGAAGCUGGCAAUACCGGUAUUUGAGGUGCCGUCGAAGUCAAAACAAGGGUUGGUGAGUGCAGAUGAGGUGGAGAAGAAGGUGUUGAGGUUGAUGGACAUGGAGUCGGAGGAAGGGAAAAGUCUAAGAGAAAGGUGUCAAGCUGUCAAGGAAAUGGGUUUGGCUGCUUGGAGAAAUGGUGGCUCAUCCUUCACUUCUUUUUCAGAGCUGAUGGAAUUAACCACUCUAGGAGACCAACUGCAGACCCAUUUCCACAUAAGCAAACCUUGGUUUGUCACAUUAAUAGUUCAUUUUGCCUCGUUGAAGGUGCAUCGCAUGCUAUACCACAAUAAGGGUUAGUAGCAUGCCGCUCCCCUUUGUUCAUUAGCUGUGUACCAUUUUGCCUUCUGAGCUUAUUGAUCCAAUUACACGGAGUUGGGAUUUAAAUCUUAUUACCAGGUACUUCUCUCAGGCUGAUAUUGAUCUUAUUCUAAAUAUUCCUUUGAGUAGGACUGUAGGGGGAGAUAGACAGAUUUGGCAUUUCCAUAAAAACUGAGUGUUUACUACAAAUAGUGCGUACUAUGUGGCGAAGGAUCUUGUACUUGGGGUAGUUUUAGUGCCUCCAUUAGCGAUUGAUCCUAUAAACUUAUAAAGGCAGUUUGGAAGGCUAUAUGGAGGGCGGCAGCAAAUAUAUUGCCUGCUAGAAUGAGUCUUAGUUCUAAAGGUUAUGUAGGGGAGAUGGGAUGUGUGCUAUGUGACCAUGAUAUGGAGAAUAGUCUCCAUGAUAAUGAGUCUUAGUUCCAAUGCCCAUACGCACAGGAGGUGUGGAAUAGAGUGGGGUUGCAGGGACUUGGGGGGAUGCCUUCCAAUUUUCAGGAAUGGCUACUGGAGAUAGUAUCCAAUUUAAACAAGGAACAAUUAAAUAAGGUCUUCAUGCUAUUAUGGGGCAUUUGGAGGAGCAGAAAUACCAAGAUAUGGGAACAAAAGGCACAACUUGUUUCUGAGGUUGUGAUUUUCACUCUUGGGUGGUAUGAGGAGUUUAAAAUAUGUCAUACUCAACCUAAGGUUACAACUCAACAAUCUGUGCAGUGGACCAAACCAAGUUUUGGUUGGUUGAAAAUAAAUUGUGAUGGUGCGUAUCAAGGUUCAAAUCGACGUGGAGGAGCUGGUUUCGUCGUUCGAAACAGUGAGGGUGCUUUUCAGUCCGGCGCUGCUAGGCUAUGUGCACAGUUGACCUCUCCGUUCCAUGCGGAGUUGAGUGCACUGCAGUAAGGUAUCAAGUGGGCACUGUCCUUGCAUUAUGCGCAUGAGUGCUUUGAAACGGACUGCUCUCUGUUGGUCUAAGACUCCAAGCUAUCCAUUAAGAUGGGGCUAAAUUUGUCUAAUAUGAGUAUACUCAUACAUGACAUAAAGACGUUAUUGAAGGACCAUCCGGGUUUCUUAUGUCCCAAGAGAAGCCAAUAUAGUUGCUCAUUUAUGCGCCUCCUAUACUUCAAGGAAUAGUGAUAACUAAAUUUGACUUUUA